AUGGCAUCCCCCGUGGUGGUGAACGUGGGCGAGUCCGAGACGACCCCUUUGUCCUACGGGGAGGGCUCGACGCCGCCCGAUGCGCCGGCGGCCGCCCAAGAGGAGGCCAAGGAGGGAAUCUGCGCACGGCCGCUUACGACGAUCCCGAGCGCGGCGUUGGGCUUAGGAUCGAUCGUGGUGCUGGUUUUGGGGCUGGCUUCGUAUGUCGCCGGAUAUGGGAUGCUGCUGACUGCGGGGAUCAUAGGCCUGGCGGGUUGCACGGGCGUGGCGGUGUACCUGGCGUGGACGGGCGGCAUGCGGCACCAGCUGAACCGGUUCAAGGCGGAGAACAAGCGGCUGACGCGGACGUCGACGAUGCUGGAGGGCAGCGUGAACAAGCUGGAGGUGACCAACCAGAAGAUCGCGGUCCACGUGGACAAGCUGGAGGACUCGGUGGACGAGCUGCAGGGCGUGAGCGAGUCGCUGAUGGCGGACAUGGCGGGCUUCGGGGACCUGCGGACUGCGAUGGAGGAGUGCGCAAAGGAGUCCGGCAAGGACAUGAAGGAGAUGCUGGGGGACAUCAACGGGAUGUAUGGCCGGAUGCACGACCUGGCGCUGCAGGAGGAGAAAGCCCUGCUGAAACGCGUCGCCCAGGACUUGGAGUUUAUGGACCGCGACGAGAAGAUGUCCAAGGUCGAGUUUCAGCGGUUCUUGCAGCGCAUACCCGCUCAGUACAAAAAGAGAUUUGACAAUAUGGGUCUCACUUUUGAUGCCAUUGCGGGCGAGGACCAAGGAAUUGAUUUCAGAGAGAUGGGUCAACUCAUCGACAAGCUGCUUGUCGAAACUAGUGACAAGAUAUCCCAGCAGGCCAAACAGUGA